AAAAAAUUUAUAUUGGGAGUUGAAGCAUUUGAUUCUUCAAUUUUUGUUCUGCAUUAUUCUUCACAAAUAUUGCUAUUGGUGUUUUCGAUUUCUCUUUUCUUUAGUCUGCACGUUUCUAUCGAUGGAUUCUUCCACUGUUACAACAGAACCACCGACUUUCAAAUGGAAUUAUGAUGUGUUUUUGAGUUACAGAGGAGAGGAUACUCGCACCAAUUUCACCAGUCAUCUUGAUAUGGCCUUACGUCAAAAGGGUGUCAACGUCUUCAUAGACGACAAGCUCGAAAGGGGUGAGCAAAUUUCUGAAACCCUAUUCAAAUCUAUACAAGAAGCUUUAAUUUCUAUUGUUAUAUUCUCUCAAAAUUAUGCAUCCUCUUCAUGGUGUCUGGAUGAAUUGGUGAACAUAAUUGAGUGUAAGAAAUCCAAGGACCAAAUUGUUUUACCAGUUUUCUAUAAGGUGAAUCCGUCGGAUAUACGAAAACAAUCUGGUAGCUUUGGAGAAGCACUGGCCAAACAUCAAGCUAAGUUCCAAACAAAGAUCCAAAUAUGGAGGGAAGCUUUAACUACUGCUGCUAACUUGUCUGGUUGGGAUCUAGGAACUAGGAAGGAGGCUGAUCUUAUUGGAGAUCUUGUUAAAAAAGUGUUGUCUACAUUAAAUUGCACUUGCACGCCCUUAUAUGUAGCUAAGUACCCAGUUGGAAUUGAUUCUAAAUUAGAAUAUAUGAAGCUUCGUUCACAUAAUCUUUUUAGAAAGAGCAACAAAUUCCAUUAUCAGAUGCAACAUGAGUAUGAGUUUGAUACUGGUGUUUACAUGGUGGGGAUAUAUGGCAUUGGAGGUAUUGGUAAGACAACUUUGGCUAAAGCUUUAUACAACAAAAUUGUUGGGCAAUUUGAAGGUUGUUGCUUUCUAUCAAAUGUUAGAGAAGCUUCCAAGCAAUUCAAUGGCCUUGCUCAACUACAGGAAAGCCUACUCUAUGAGAUCCUAAUGGUUGAUUUGAAGGUUGUCAACCUUGAUAGAGGAAUUAACAUCAUAAGGAAUAGAUUGUGCUCGAAGAAAGUUCUUAUAGUUCUUGAUAAUGUAGAUAAGCUUGAACAGUUAGAAGCAUUGGUUGGUGGGCAUGAUUGGUUUGGCAAAGGCAGUAGAAUCAUUGUGACCACAAGAAAUAAACAUUUACUUUUUAGCCAUGGCUUUGAUGAAAUACACAAUAUUGUAGGAUUGAAUGAAGACAAAGCUAUUGAGCUUUUUAGUUGGCAUGCUUUCAAGAAAAAUAGUCCAUCAAGUAAUUAUUUAGACCUUUCAAAACGUGCUACAAGUUAUUGUAAAGGUCAUCCUUUGGCUCUCGUUGUUUUGGGUUCUUUCCUCUGUACCAGAGAUCAAGGAACAGACGCAGUUAAAGCCAUAAAAUUGGACUUUCCUAAUCCCACAAUGUUGGAUGUGGAUCCACAAGCUUUUAGAAAAAUGAAAAAUUUGAGAUUGCUUAUUGUUCAAAAUGCAAGAUUUUGUACCAAGAUUGAAUACCUACCUGGUAGCUUAAAGUGGAUUAAGUGGCAUGGAUUUCCUCAACCAACUUUGCCUUCGUGCUUCAUUACGAAAAAUCUUGUUGGACUAGAUUUGCAGCAUAGCUUCAUCAAAACAUUUGGGAAAAGAGUUAAGGAUUGUGAAAGGUUGAAGCAUGUUGAUCUUAGCUACUCUCCUUUAUUAGAGAAAAUUCCUAAUUUCUCUGCAGCAUCAAACCUUGAACAAUUGUAUCUCAUAAAUUGCAAAAAUUUAGGAAUGAUAGAUAAGUCUGUUUUUUCUCUCGAUAAGCUUACUGUCCUAAACCUUGCUGGUUGUUCUAACCUUAAAAAGCUUCCAAGAGGCUACUUCAUGUUAAGUUCUCUUCGAUAUUUGAAUCUCUCUCACUGCAAAAAACUUGAGAAAAUUCCAGACUUUUCUGCAGCAUCAAACCUUGAAGAAUUGCAUCUUUUCAACUGCACAAAUUUAAGAAUGAUAGAUAAAGUGAUUCAUGAAUCUGUUGGAUCAUUGGAUCAACUUGUUUACAUGGACCUUAGCCGAUGCACUAACCUUGACCUCGCAAUGGGUGAGAUUUCAAGAGAGUUCUUAUUAACGGGCAUUGAGAUUCCAGAAUGGUUCAGCUAUAAGACUGCAUCCAAUUUGGCGAGUGCUAGCUUUCGUCACUAUCAGGAUAUAGAAAGAACUUUGGCUGCCGGAGUUAUUUUCAAAGUGAAUGGAGAUUCAUCUGAAAGAGAAUAUAUGUGGUUACUAACAACUUCUCUAGCGUGGGGUUCCAUGGAGGUGAAUGAUUGGAAUAAAGUAAUGGUAUGGUUUGAGGUUCAUGAAGUACAUGGGGAGGUUAAUGCAACUAUAACAAGGUGUGGUGUCCAUGUAACUGAAGAGCUCCCUGCGAUACAAACAGAUGCCAAGUGGCCGAUGGUAAAUUAUGCUGAUUUUUAUCAACUGGAGAAAUUGCAAAGUCUGGAUAUUGAGCAUCUUCUUCUGAAACGCCUUUUUGAAGAAAUGUCGUGCUGGUCAAAUUGCAAAGCAAUAAUGUUCCAUGCAGCAAAUUAUGAUCCAGAAACAAACUCUGUAUGCCACAGAUUUAAUUGGUCAGAUGACAUUGAUUGGAGACAACCUUUAGAUGAUCCUAUAAGCUUUUACUGGGUCCAAGAAAGACAGUACCGUUUCAUGAGUUAUUCGGGACUCGACAAUCGUGGAGGUGGUGAAAAAGUGACCAAUAUUAUCACAAAUAACCACAGUACAAUUUUAUCCUCCAAAAGGUAUUACAUAUUAUAUUUUAAAAAUUUGGAUGAUAGAGUAUAUAGAUUUUUAACUGCAUGGGCUAUAGCAAAGCCUCGUUGGAUUGAGAUUUACAGAUAUGAUCAUGAUGUUGCAAGAAAUUGUCAUUUUGUCAUUAAAAGGGUUGAUCCAUCCUUAUGGCAACCCUGGGUUUGAUCCACCCUCAAAUUAAUUUUCCAAGUUUGUGUUGCAAAUGUUAAAA